AUGCUCUCCGUCUCAACCUUUGUGUCCUCGACUGCAAGUGAGACGCCGCUGGCAAGCCAGACAGCACGCGAAUUCAGGCGGCCAGGAUCCACGUGGCCGGAGAUGAUGCCAGAGGCGAUCCUCUUCCCAGCUAACAAGCCCACAAGCCGCGCCGAUGCACAAGUCUUGGCACGAUGGGUCUCUGCAUCCUUCCAAACCUACGCGAAGCGGAGCAAGCAUGCAGAUUCGAAGGAGCUUUGCGAAGAGGACUUAACGAAGAUGGUGCAGGAGUUGGUCCCCGUUCUGUCCAUUGGUCUCAACGAGGUGGUCCGCCAGGUCUCACAGCAUUGCCUGGAGAGGGGAGUGGUCCUGGAGAAGAUCUGGCGCACUUACGUCGAGCUCUUCGAGCAAGCGCUUGGAGAGUCUCGUGAGGCGCUGCGGCGACAGAAGGACAAAACCGCAAAAGCCGAGGCAGAGCUGCAGCGGGUGCGUGAAGAGGCGGCCGAGCUCAAGGUAAAACACCCCGCCCAGUUGGAGAAGCUUCGCCAGACGUUGACCACAAAGUUCGACCAGCGUCAGAAUGAGCUAGUCCAACAAUUGACUAGCACGCGCAGUGAGAAUCGGGCACUAAAGGUGCACCUGGAAGAGCAGCUGUCAAAGCAGCACGCGUGGUUUCCGAUGUUCGCGGUCUACAAGGAAUCGCGAUAUCGAAGAGCCUUGCUUGGAAAAGCGGUGGCUGAGCUGCCAAAGGCGGCGAGCGUAGAGGCCCGCCUGGCAUCCGAUUUUCGCAGGAUUCUCAGCUCGCUCCCAGCAGAUGUCCGCCGACGAGUUGGAUUCUUCAUUUCAUCCUUGCUUGGUUUUCGUGGCGUCGGGCUCAGCGCGGUCACGAGUGAGGCGCUGCAAGAGAGGAAGGAGUUGAAUGCCAAGAAAAUCAAAGAACUCAAGGCAAAAUUGCGGCAGCUGAAGGGCGAGGAUACUUCAGAGAGCUCUGAAGAUGAGGAUCUUGGCGAGGCCGAGGAGGACAACACAAGUGAGGCCAAACGUGCGGCAUGA